AUGAUGUUACUCUAUAUUGCACUUGUUCUUCUACCUGCAACACUGGCCACAAUAGGCGUCGAUGUCUCCACAGCGGUUACACAAGCGAAUUUCGCUUGUCUGAAAGGAAAAGGAUACAAUUUUGCUAUCGUUCGAGCUUAUCAAAGUUCUGGUACGUUCGAUCCGAAUGCUGUUCAAACGAUUAAAAAUGCUUGGAAUGCUAGAAUAGCUCAUGUCGACGCUUACAUUUUUCCGUGUGUGAAAUGUGGUAAUGGUCCCGUACAGAUCUCAACUACAAUCAAAACGCUGAAGGAGAGCGGUGCUAAAAUUGGCAUGCUGUGGCUUGAUGUCGAAGGCGGAACUCAGUACUGGAGUGCGGAUAUAGGAAAAAAUGUAGCGUUUAUUCAGUCUAUGGUCGAUGAAUUAAAAUAUGAUAAUGAUCAGUUAUGUGAAUCUCUUGAAAGAAAUGAUAAUUCAAUAUGUAGCUGA